UAUGUAAUUAGAAGGCUGGCCAAAAAUGUGGCAUACUAGAAGUGAAGUGGGCCGAAAAGAAACUAUGAAAAUAUAUUAAUAUGCAGAAAUCAUUAACAAUUAAAACGAAACACGCAAAGUCAAGAGCAAAAACACACGAGAAUAAAGGGGAAACGAAACCAGAGAGUCAAGUACUUCGAGGAGAGCUGUUUGCUGGCAUGCUUUGAGGUUAAUUCCACACAAAAACCAGCCAACCCACCGCCGCCUGUCGUCUGCCGCCCGCCCGCCACAAACGACCAGCCCAGCCCCCGUGAGUCCCAGGAUUCCCUUGGUCUCUCGUCCCUCGACUCACGUCUCUUCUUGUGUUCUUCUGUGUUGUCGGUCCUGCUUUCACCCACUUUCUGCUUCUUCGCAGCCGUCACCAGCGCUGCGUCAAAGGCAUCAAAGCCAAGGUUGUCUCAUUAGCGACUUACCGGAAACCCUAACCGAAAACCACAAAAAAAAUAAAGGUCAAACGCCGAAAACGGAAGCACGCAAAGCCAUAAUAAAAAGAGCACAAAGAAAUUGAAUAAUCACCGUUUUUUCUGCGGAACUUAGCCAGUGAAUUGAAGCAUCAUGAGUGCGUUCUGUGCCAACUAACAGAACAGCUCUAAAUGCGUUUCGAUCUUAACCCAUAAAACAUAAUUAAAAAGAGUUAAUUAAGCAAAGAAUUGUAGAGAAACAAACCACGUAUAAGUCAAAGCUGAAUUGGAAGUACAACAGAAACCACCAUGGCAUCACCACCAGAAAGCCCCAUCGAGGAGGUGGUAUAUGAGUUGGAACAAACACGCGUGCCUAAGCCCAUUCCCGUUGCCCUCGAGGAUUUGUGCCGCCAAACGAAGUUCACCAAACAGGAAAUUCGCGUCAUGUACAGGGGAUUCAAAACGGAAUGCCCCGAGGGCGUGGUGCACGAGGAUUGUUUUAAGGACAUUUACGCCAAAUUCUUUCCACAUGGCAAUUCGAGUUUAUACGCUCAUUAUGUGUUCAAGGCGUUCGAUGUUAAUUGCAAUGGCGCCAUUAGUUUUCGGGAUUUACUGGUCACCUUGUCGACACUGCUGCGUGGCUCUGUGUACGAGCGCCUACGCUGGACAUUCAAGCUUUACGAUUUGAAUGGCGAUGGGCGGAUCAGUCGCGGCGAACUGAGCGAAAUUAUCUUGGCCAUACACGAGCUUAUGGGCCGAAGACCACACCAGCCUGAGGAUGAUCGCAAAGCAAGGGAUCAGGUGGAUCGUGUUUUUCGCAAGCUUGACUUGAACCAGGACGGCAUCAUAACGAUAGAGGAGUUCUUGGAGGCGUGUUUGAAGGACGAUUUGGUAACACGCUCGCUACAGAUGUUCGACAAUGACCUUUGAUGACAAGAGGACGAGCCCGUGUUGAUGACCACUUCAAAGACUAUAGUUUCGCUUAUAGAUCUAUAAAUUGCAAUAAAAUAAGAAAGGAAAAGAAAAUUCUCAAAAAUGUCCGAGGGAAAAUCACCUUUAAAAAAAACACUUACUACCUAUGACAAAAAAAACCAUCACUGAAAUUGAUGGCAAAUGAUGGAAAUGAAACAUAUUAGUAAUUGAAAAAUUAGUUUAGGCCAAAAUAUCGAAAGAAGAAAAACUUUAAAACUUUAUGAGUGUGUUAUUGUAUAACUAGAAAUCGAUAAAAACAAAACAAAAACAAUAAUGAUGA